CUCUUGAGCAGCUGCUCACUGAACUUGAAGAUUUUCUGAGGAUAUUGGACAAGGAGAACUUGAGCAGCACUGCUGUUGUGAAGAAGAGCUUCCUCUCGGACCUUCUGCGGGUCUACACCAAGUCCAGUGGUGGCGAUGAAGAAUAUAUUUAUAUGAACAAAGUGACCAUCCACAAACAGCAGGGUGACCAGGAGAAACAAGACAAAGCACUGGAUCGGAGAAACUCCUUGACCAAUGGAGACUCAGGAGUGCAUUUGUCCCCUCCUCAGAAGAGCCUGCCGGACCUCCCCCCUCCAAAGAUGGUUCCUGAAACAAAGCAACCUGCGGUGCCCAAGAUCGAAUCCCCAGAGGGAUACUAUGAAGAGGCUGAGCCGUAUGAUGUCUCUGUAAAUGAAGAUGGUGAAGCCAUUAGUAGCUCCUAUGAAUCUUAUGAUGAAGAAGAGAGCAGCAAAGGCAAGUCAGCAACUCACCAGUGGCCAUCCACGGAAGCCACCAUUGAGCUGAUGAAGGAUGCCCGCAUCUGCGCAUUCCUGUGGAGAAAGAAGUGGCUGGGACAGUGGGCAAAACAGCUCUGUGUUAUCAAGGACACCAGGUUGCUGUGCUACAAGAGCUCCAAAGACCACAACCCUCAGCUUGACGUGAAUUUGCUGGGCUGCACUGUCAUUCACAAGGAAAAGCAAGUGAGGAAGAAGGAGCACAAGCUGAAGAUCAUCCCCAUGAAUGCCGACGUCAUCGUGCUGGGGCUGCAGAGCAAAGACCAGGCAGAGCAGUGGCUCAGGGUAAUCCAGGAGACCAGCGGUCUGCUGUGUGAAGGAGGCAGCGAAGGCAACCAGUACAUCCCAGAUUCGCAGCGUCUCAGUUACCCGAAGGUGGAGGUAUCUGAGAGGUACUCUGCAGCCUCUGAGAGCGGGAGCAGCACCGACGGCCACCCAGAGACUGCUGAGAUAAAAGAUGUUAAGAAGAAGGGCACAACUGGCCUGAAACUGAGUAACCUCAUGAACCUUGGGAGGAAAAAAUCCAGCUCCUUGGAUAGCCCAGAGAGAUCCUUGGAGACUUCCAGUUACCUGAACGUGCUAGUGAACAGCCAGUGGAAGUCCCGCUGGUGUCAGAUAAAAGAUGGUCACCUCCAUUUCUACCAGGACAAGAACCGAAGCAAACUGGCUCAGCAACCCCUGAGUUUGGCAGGUUGUGAAGUUAUCCCAGAGCCAAGCCCUGAUCAUCUCUAUUCCUUCCGCAUCCUGCACAAUGGAGAAGAACGGGUCAUUCUGGAGGCAAAGUCCUCGGAGGAAAUGGGCCACUGGCUGGGCCUCCUCUUGUCGGAGUCAGGUUCAAAAACAGACCCGGAGGAAUUUACCUACGAUUACGUGGAUGCUGACCGGGUUUCCUGCAUUGUGAGCGCUGCAAAGAACUCCUUCUUCUUAAUGCAGAGGAAGUACUCCGAGCCCAACGCCUACAUCGACAACCUGCCCAAGGGCCGGCUGCCGCAGGAGGAGCUGUACGACGAUGUGGAUCUGCCAGACCCGCCUGCGGAAGAAGUACCCAAAAGUGAGAACAAAGUGGAGGGAGACCAAGACAGAGUGUACCUGGAUCUCACCCCAGUGAAAUCUUUUCUACACUGUGCUAGCAAGAAGUCGUGCCAGGCUUCACCCCUCAGCUCACCGACUUUGGAAAGGGCUGCCAACAAGGCUGCAGCAGAGAACACAGCCGAGAUAGUCCUCCAGCCCAAGGAAGCUGAGCCCUGCAGCAAGGCGAUGGACACCUCAGAGCAGAAACACCCAGAGAAGCUGGAGCCUGACGAGGUGCCACUGCGGAUGCCCGCCGGCAAAAUCCAGGCGCAGCAGCAGAACAUCGCCUUCCCCCAGCUGGCCCCCGAGCUGCCAGCAGGCACGGUGACGGCGGGCACAGUGACAGCGAGCAGUCCCCAGCUCCUGCCCGCACACCGGCCCAAGCUGCCGCUGCCGGCAGUGGAAACCAAGCUGGGCAAGAACAGGACAGAGGCAGAGGUGAAGCGGUUUACAGAGGAGAAGGAGCGGCUGGAGAAGGAGAAGGAUGAAAUCCGUGCUCAGCUCACCCAGCUGCGCAAGGAGAGGCGGGAGCUGAAGGAAAUGCUUGCGGGCAGCACAGACAAGGUGCUGGAGCAGAGGCUGAAGGAGAUAGAAGAAGAGUGCAAACGGAAGGAGAGCCAGAGGGUGGACCUGGAGCUGAGCCUGGUGGAGGUGAAGGAGAACCUGAAGAAGGCAGAGUCUGGCCCUGUGACUCUGGGCACUGCUGUGGACACCACGCACCUGGAGAACGCAGCCCCCCGGGUUCAGGUAAAAACUGCCAGUCCAGCAAACAGCACAGAGAACUCACCAGUCAAUUCAGCAACGGCUUUAAAAAACCGGCCUUUAUCCGUCAUGGUGACAGGGAAAGGAACAGUCCUACAGAAAGCUAAGGAAUGGGAGAAGAAGGGAGCCAGUUAGAACCACAUUUUUCAGAGAUGGACUAAAGAUUGGAGUGGCCAUGCAUGGCCAAGGGGAUUUAAUCAUUUGUAGGUGGAGGUUGGGUGUGUAACACAACCACAUACCAACCGCCUCCUGCACAUCGCGCCAACUGCUCAGACUCAGCAAUGGAGUCAACAGCUGCCAAUACGAAUUAUCCCAAAUCAUCUUUCUCUUUCCAGACAAGUCCCAAUCACGUAGCUAAAACAGUAACAACCAGUGGCAAUCCUUGCAUCAAAUUCCUAACCCAGUUGAUGUAAACAAGAAUGUUACUGUACAUAGGGGUGUUUUGUGUAUCUCUACUCUGAAGGUUUAUCAGUG